AUUCUUCCAUUCUUACCGAUAUCGAGUCGGAAAUAUUGGAUUCUCGUGCGGGUAAUUUUCACAUAAAACAUUUGAUAUCUAUCAUUCGAUUGUAAGAAAGAUUUAACGAGUGGCUUUUCCCAGAUUUCUCGGAAAGAUGUGAGUUUUCCUCUUUUCCUCUUACAAUCUUCUCUCCUGUAAGAUACACAUGCUUGCCUCGUGCGCAUCGUUUUUCUAUCAUCACGAAGAGAGAUGCUGCGGACGGGAUUUGCUGGCGUAGCAAACAAAACGAUCGCGGAUACUUUUAAUGCGAGGAUCGGCGCGAGAGCGUCAUAUGCGACCUUUUGACAAUUCUUUCAGUAUUCGCAAAUAUUGCUGCGUGUGCAAAACGUGAUUUAAUUCAGUUCAACGUGGAGUCACGUCGAGAGCCACGGUUGAGGCCUAGGGGGAAUGUGUAAUAUUUAACAUCAUGGAGAGCCAUUCACUGGAACAAUCACUCGAGCGUCAAUAUAUAAUAUGAAUUUACACCGAAUGGCGAACCACGUCACCUUCCGGCCUGCAUAUUCGGCGUACAUAUUCCUGCGCGUCGGACGGUACUCUAGGUGAUUUCGUGCGCUCAGCCUGUAUUCAUUGAACGGCGUAGUGGAGCGGUGUCGUUUCUCGAGGCGCCGCGAAUAGUUCCUUUCUACGGUGAGUUUGGCUUCGCCCGACCCAGGCUCCUCCGACGUGAAUCGACCUCGACGAGUCUCGACGAUCUUCUUCGCGCGCACACCUCGCCAUCCCGAGGGGAGAACCUUCCGCCUUUCGACGCCGAGAAAGAGGAGCACGUAGCCAUGGGCGUGGAUGUCGAAGUUUUGAGUCCUGGAGACGGUCAGACCUACCCAAAGGCCGGGCAGACAGUGGUCGUGCAUUAUACAGGUACCCUCGCCAAUGGGAAGAAAUUUGACUCCAGCAGGGACCGCGGCAUACCGUUCAAGUUCAAAAUCGGAAAGGGCGAAGUAAUUAAAGGCUGGGACCAAGGAGUCGCGCAAAUGUGCGUCGGCCAGCGGGCCAGGUUAACCUGCUCUCCAGACUUCGCUUACGGUAGCCGAGGUCAUCCUGGAAUUAUCCCACCAAAUGCCGUUCUCAUCUUCGAUGUGGAGCUGCUGAAGGUGGAGCCUUGAAAUACCUCUUAGAGUGUACCAAACUUGACCAAACGCAUUUCAAUACGAGAAAGAAAAAGGAAAAAAAAAAACAGAAACGCAUCAAAUUAUGUUAAGUAGUCGUCGCACGAAUGGCACAUCCUACUCUAAUGCCUUAAUUCAAUCGCUCGUACAUUAUAAAAGCUAUAUUUGCGAUCUUCGCGAAGUAAUAUAUAAAACGUUGAGAACGUUUCUCCGAUCUCGCGUAGAAACGACGUGCAAUUUAUACAAUGUAUAAAUUGCCGAUCAAUAAUAUUCGAACAUUGUCGCAUAGUUAGAACUGUAAGGUAUAUUAAUGUGUAGUUUGAUUACCUGCUCUCCAAGAGAUGCUACUUAAUUUGUGUACUUGAUUUGUGACCGACUAACCGUGUUCCUAUGAUGAGCGGUUGAAUAAAGGGACCCUCCAGAUAUAUCUCUGCGAAAUAUGUAACCUGUGUUCAUUCCAUUUACAUACGUAUUUGGUGAUCCUUCGAGUAUUUUGUACAAAGAUUCAAUAAAGGAAAGAACAAUUGGUGAUGUAAAACACUACAUAGAACAAAGUACAAUAAAAAAGUUGCUCUGCUCCCUAAAAAAAAUGUAUAAAUCUUCUUUCUCAUACAUAUGAUUAUACGAACUGGAGAUAAAUGUAAGAAGGAUAAGCAUUGCAAUAUAAUAAAUCUUUUUCCAGGUUAA